UUGCGGUUGGGUGAGGUGCUUCGCAGGUCAGAAGGAUCAAAUAACAAUCUCAAACGAUUGGGUAGGGUAUUGAGGGAGAACGCACCCGUCGGACACGCCCUCAGAUAAUUUAGGGAAGCUAGACAAGGUUCGGUGUUCCGAGCAGUCUUGGACUAACGUACCAGGACUAACGUACCUUAGAAAGGUAUAUUACGGUAGCUAUCCUAGCGUAAGUCAUCGGCUUUUGUGGUGGAUAACUGUGCCAAGCUUCAGCGUUGCUAAUCAGCUUAUCAGCUUAUCAUUAAUCAGCAGCGACGCUUAUCUUCACUGAUGCUCAUGAAGAGAGAUAAUUGCUGCUGGCAUAGAAAACAAGUAGUUCGGGUUACGCAAUAGUGCUGCUAAAAUUCAGGACCGUGACGUCCGCGUGGAAUUCGUUUACAAGCAACGACCAACCCGACAACUUGCUUAUAACGCAGCUGCAUAUAUGAGAGCCAUCGCUAGACGCGGCAGCAGGCCGCGCAACAGCGGGGGGGGCUUGACGCCAUGUAGCCUCGUUGCAAACGGCGUUUUGAGCGAGGCUCGGUGUUCUAAGCGAGGCUCGGCGCGCAGUGAGCCGCGCAGCAGCUGGGGGCCCUUGGCGCGCAGUCAGCCGCCCAGAAGCUCGGUGCCGUUGACGCUAUGUUCGUUUGUCGCGUUCCUAGCCGCGUGUCAGCAUGUCGCCACGGUUGCUGGCGUCAUCAUCAUGAUUACUCCGGACAACUCCACGUACUCGUUUGAAGACGCCGACGCCGCUUUCGGCGGCCUUAUCUCCUCUACGGGCAUGCGCGGAGUGCUCCGCCGCGCCGUCCCCUACGACGCGUGCGAGGAGCUGACGAAUCCCGCGGGACGAACGGGGGAGCUGGAGUUUGUGCUUAUAGAGAGGGGAAACUGCCUGUUCGAUAUAAAGGUGCUCAACGCGCAGAGCGCGGGGUACGCCGCCGCGGUCGUGUACAAUAACGAGCCCGGGAAGAGGAUUAUAACGAUGUCAGGGCGGCACAUGUGGGAGAUCUUCAUCCCAGCAGUCUUCACCACCCAAUCCUCCGGUCGUGCUCUUCUGCACCUCAUAGACCGCUUCCCGCCCCCAUCCGCCUCUUCCCCCUCCUCCCCCUUCUCCUCCCCCCCAAUCUGCGUCCUCCUCCCCACCUUCGACAACGCCGCAUGGUCAGUAAUCACCGCCUCCCUCGUCUCCCUCCUCUCCCUCUCUAUAGUCCUCGCCUCGUUUCUCUUCAUAAGGCGCCACAGGCUCAGGCAGGCUGUAGCGGCGGCCGCUACAGCCAUGGGCGCGGCCGGCGCCGGCCGGCUGCUAGCACGGCAGGAGCCGCCCGGGCUGUCAGAGGAGGAGGUUAAGGCGCUGCCAGAACUGGUUUUCCCGCCAAAAUCGAAGCCUGCUAGUGUGUCGGGAUUCAGUGGCGGCUGUAGCGGUGCCGGCUGUAGCAGCUGUGGGGGGAAGGGGUUUAUGGGGAAAGGCGGAGGCGGCAAUGGGGGAGGCGUGAGUGGGGGUGAAGCGGUUGUAGCAGCAGCUGUAGCGGCAGCAGAGAGAGGAGAAGCAGGGGGUGACAGGUCAGCAGGAGGAAUGGCGACGGCGCAGCAGCAAAGGGAGGAAAGCCGGCCGCUGUCAGCAGUGACUAUAUCAGCGCUGCAGCAGCAAAGGGAGGAAGGCCAGCCACUGUCAGCAGUGACUAUUGCAGAGAUGAUACCCAGCGGCUGCGUGGCACUGUCAGUGCUGGAUGGGAGUGAGGAUGGUGAUAGUAACAGUGGUGAUUGUAUCAGUGGUGAUAGUAACAGGGAUGGUACUACCGCCGCAGCCGCUGCUGCCGUGGGAGCAGAGGGAGCAGGGGCAGCAGAAGCAGCAGGGAGGGCAGCAGAAGCAGCAGGGCAGGCAGCAGAAGCAGCAGGGCGGGCAGCAGGGAAAGAGAGGGCGAUGGAGACGUGUGCGAUCUGCCUGGAGGACUACGAGUGGGGGGAUAGGCUGCGCAUCCUGCCCUGCUCCCAUGAGUUCCACGUUGACUGCGUUGACCUGUGGUUGACCACCCGCCGCCCAUUCUGCCCCGUAUGCAAGCGGGACGCCCACCCCAACCCCCCUUCGAACAUCACAGCCACCACCACCACUACCAUCCCCUCUUCCUCCUCCUCCUCCUCCUCCUCCUCCUCCUCCGCUGCGUCCGCUUCUGCUGCUGCUGCCCCAACACAACUGCAACCCCCCACCCGAUUCUCAACCUCCCUCCCCUCCCAAACAGCCUCACUCUUUCUCUCUACCCUACUCUACCCCCUCGUCCGCUCCUUCUCCCCCUCCCCUCCCUGCCCACUGCACCCAACCCCACCGCAUCCAACCCCUCCAAUCGUACAUCUGGAAACACCAGAAGAACCAGACCCCCCCGCUCUUCCUCCUCCUCCCCCUCUUCCUCCUCCCUUUCCUCCUCUCCCUCCUCCUUCUCACCUUUACCUGGCCCCUCCUCUCCGACUAAUCCCAGUACCACUCUCAACCCCCCCAGCACCUCUCUCUCCUCCUUUCCUCCCUCCGCCACCCCCCCGUCCUCCAUCCCCACUCUCGCCUCCUCCCUCUUCCCCUCCUCCCAUUUCAUCGCCGCUUCAACCGCCUCCUCCUCCUCCCUCUCGUCCCUCGAUCCCUCCCGGGAGCCCUUUCUGCUGCAUCACCCAACGAUGGAUUCGGACGAUGAAGAAAUAGGGGAGAUCCGCCCCGUCCCCAUGCCAGGUUUUACUCCCCCUUCGCCUUCACCCUCUCAUAUAGAGGUGUCGGACUGAGUGGGCAAACGAUGCAUGGCUCCAUGGUAGCCCUAUGAGAUUUUUGGGUAUGAUGGUAGUGACAGCUCUUGCUGUGACUCUACUCUACCUUCUAGGAAAGCUGAUCUUGACUUGAUCUCUUCUUUUCGGCACUGUAAAUGUCUGCCUUCUCCUCCUCCCUCUCGUCCCUCGAUCCCUCUCGGGAGCCCUUUCUGCUGCAUCACCAAACGAUGGAAUUAGACGAUGAAGGAAACGGGGGAGAUAUGCCUCGUCCCCAUGCCGGGCUUCACCCCUCCCUUGCCAGCAUGCGGAAUCCACACCGCCGUCUUCCCCCCAUUGCCAGCACAUAUGGAGGUGUUGGAUUGAGUGAGCACUUGUGCAUGGUUGCAAUUGUAAUACACUUUUUACCAUAAU